AUGUCCACUCCUGUGGGUCGUGACCGGUCCUCCCUUCGUCCAUCAAUAGGUGGCGAUUCCCGUCGUUCUGGAGAGUCUAAUCAUUCGCUACUCAACCUGCCAGAUGUUGGUAAGCGACGAUUUCAUCCAAAAUACGAUCCUUACAUUGAAAUCCGUCGUGCUAGGGAACGGCUUAGUCAGUACAAGACUAAAGGUGACUGGGCCAGUGACUUGCUCCUGAGCGAUGAUGCUGAAGAGGACCUACAGAAAUACGAAGAUAAAUUGAAGCGUAGAUACUCUAUGAGGGGCGAGUUUGAUGGCGAGCUUGAACUGGAAAGACGUCAGCUGGAGCUGUUGCGUCGUCAACGAGACAUUGACAUGGGCAAGGUGACGGAAAGAUAUGCGGAAUAUGUUCUCACAAUUCCGAAACCAGAGCGUCAAAAGCAUCACCCACAAACUCCGAAUAAAUUCCGCACCGUCUCCAGACGAGCUUGGGAUGGAAUGAUCAAAAAGUGGCGCAAGCACCUGCACUACUUUGACAGUCCUGAUCGCUCCGAAUCUCGGCACGAAUCGUCCGAUGAGGCCUGUGGCAGCAACAACGCUGAUGAACCACAACCCCCAGGGAACGAUCUCAUCCUUUCCUCCGCCUCAACAGUUCGAAUGGGAAAGGCGUGGAGUCAACGUAACAACGUCCCUGUUAUUUUGGACGAGGAAGACACUCUUCAGGGUCUCAAUAAGGCGGCGUCCGCGAACGCAGAUGGUGCGACGACUGCUGAUGGUCUCAAUUCAGACGAGGACACGCUUCACGCUGCCGAUGUAGCCUCCCGUUUCAACCUUCGUGCCCGAACACAAAAGUACCGAUUUAUUUUUCCUCCUCCCCCUUAUAUUGAAACCUUGCGUCGCACCGCCUUUAUUUACUUCGUUUGCGUGUGA